AUGUCUCUUGAAGCACAAGAAUAUGCAAAAGCUUCAUCUUCGAUUGAGAACAACAGCUCCUUUCCACACUUUCAGAAACUGCACUCGGAGAUCCAAAAUCUCAUCUGGGAAUGGACUCUCCCCUACUCCAGAGUGCACUACGUCGAAUCCAUAGAGUUCAUCCCUGCACUUGUCAAUCCCCAAGGCCGAUAUCUUAAUAUCAAGUGUCCUCCUGUACCGAUUGCAUUUUCCGUGUCUAGGAAAUCGCGCUAUGUUGCGAGCUUGCACAUGACAAGAUUCUCUUUGAACACAGCGUUCAAUCUUGAUAGGCAUGGCAUCAUACCAUAUGGCUACUGCGGCCCUUAUGAUACCCUCUACAUCGAGAAGAUGUUCCAAAGCCAGCAGAAGUGGAAGCUGGGAAACAAUCCGUUUUUUACCAUGGCAUAUGGUCUUCAAAUAAAUGGCAUGAUGCAGGCUCCGCUUAUAGAGUUUCCAGCUUAUCGAGAUUUAUUUGCCGGCUUCACGCCCAGCCAGAAUAUUACACUAGUCAAAAUUGAGGAGAUUGAAGGCUUUGAUGACCACCGGUAUUGCAGUAGAGUCUUACCAGCCGAUACCCAUUGCAGCUUUGGAAUUGGCUUCGAUGAAACAUACCAAGCUGUAGCAUUUGAGAGAGAUCUGGAAGCAUGGAGAGAAGAGCAGGCUGUCAAGGCCAUGAGAAAAGGCAAGACUAUGCCAGAGAUAAAGAUUGCUGAAAUGGCCCUUGCGUGCGAGUGUGCUGAUGUGAAGGAAAAGAUGGAGGAGAAGGUCAGUGAGUUGAACAGGGCGGCGAUGUCCGAGACACUGGAGUAA